AUGUUCAACCUCAGCAAUCUGGUGCAGAAGGCUCAGUCGGCUGCUCAGCAGCUGAUUGAUCCCAUGCAGGGCCUCAAUCUCACCAACUCAGACCGCAACCCUUCCAAGGCCUCGCUAUUCCAGAACCAGUUCCGCCUCCCGGGCUCGCAGAACCCCCUCUACGAGAUCUCUGCCGAGCUCACCAUCCCUCCCUCAAACGUCACCCAGGGCGACAAGGACCGCGACCGUGGCUGGCAUUAUGCCGGCAAGCUCCACCUCUCCGAGGCUUACAUGUGCUUCUCGACUACCCCGACAAGCUUCUCAUCCACAGCGACCACUGCUACGUCAUCCGCGUUCACUGGUCAAACCCACGGCUCGGGGCCAAGCGGCAACGGCUUUACGUUUCCUCUGGCGGCCAUUCGCAGGGUCGAGAGGCUGAAUAGCCAGAGCUUCCAGUUCUCGCUGGCGAUCACGACAUGGAACGGCAUCACACAAGAAAUGGCACGAGACAAGGAGGCUCUGAAAGACCGCAAAGACAUUCGAGAACAGCGAAUCACUAUACAGCUUGCCGGCAGUCGCCACGCUUGCGAGCGUUUCUGCGAUGGGCUCAAGCGGGGCCUCCGUGGCGCCGUGGGUAGUGUGCCCAAGCUCAAAAAGGUCGUGUCCGAGUGCUACUCGGAGUAUCUCCUGCGCCCCGAGGACAAAAAGGCCGCCAGCCCUCCAGACGCUGGCUUGGGUAUGGCAUUCAAAUAUCCCGGCGACCCAAAGAAGCUUAGAGACAGGGCCAAGAUGCGGUUGUGGGCUGAAUACCUCCGUGACAACGGCCGCAAUGUCACACUCAUACGACAACCCACCUUCCACAAGCUCAUCAGGGUCGGUCUGCCAAAUCGCCUGCGGGGAGAAAUGUGGGAGCUCACCUCUGGCUCGAUAUAUCUGAGACUGGAGAAUCCCGGUCUCUUUACCGACACGCUGGCGAAGCAUUCCGGCCAAGAAUCCUUGGCUAUUGACGAGAUCGAGAAGGAUCUCAACAGGAGUCUCCCAGAGUAUCCUGGAUUCCAAAGUGAGGACGGCAUUAGCCGGCUGAGGCGCGUCCUCACGGCUUACAGCUGGAUCAAUCCAGAGGUUGGCUACUGCCAGGCCAUGAACAUUGUUGUUGCGGCCCUCUUGAUCUACAUGUCAGAGUCACAGGCCUUCUUCCUGCUGUCAGCAUUGUGUGACCGCCUCGUUCCGGGGUAUUACUCGAGCACCAUGUACGGGACACUAUUGGACCAGAAAGUGUUCGAGGGCCUGGUUGAGAAAACGAUGCCCAUACUUUGGGAGCAUCUUGUCAAGAGCGACAUCCAACUUUCCGUCGUAUCCCUCCCGUGGUUCCUCUCCUUGUACAUCAACUCGAUGCCCCUCGUAUUUGCCUUCCGCGUCCUCGACGUCUUCUUCGUGGAAGGGCCCAAGGUUCUCUUCCAGGUCGGCUUGGCCAUUCUCCGCAUCAACGGCGAAGAGCUGCUAGACGCGACCGACGACGGCACCUUCAUAUCUGUCCUCAAGUCUUACUUCUCAAGACUUGACGAGUCAGCUCACCCCAAGUCUGAAAACCCGAAGCUGCGUGCCAUCAACAAGUUCCAGGAGCUUAUGGUGGUGGCGUUCAAAGAAUUUUCCGGAAUAACACACAGUUCUAUACAUGACCUGCGCCUCAAAAACAAAGAUGCUGUUCUCAACAACAUCGAGAACUUUGCGAAACGCACUGCCAUCAGAAAUCUUGGGCCGGAUUCCAAGCUGCUUGGUGCUGAUGAGCUUGGGGGUCUAUACGACAGGUUUUACGGCAUACUGUACGAGCGUCAACAACGGGAUAGCAUAUUACAGGAACAAAAGCUCCGCCGGGCGAAAUCGAGCAGGGUCAGGGCCUCUGAGGCUUUCUCGGAGCAACGCGAUCAUGGUGUGGAAAAGGGACGGGUCGGUCUGGGGCCUAGCACAAGCCUGAUGGACUACAAUGCAUUCCGCGAAUUCCUUGCGAGCAUGGCCAAAUGGGCCAUUGCCGACUCACAGCCGGCGUCGCGCAAUCGCGCCCCCGACUCACAGUAUUUCUCAAGUUACAGAAACAACAGCAACGAUGCACUCUCACCAUGGGGGAGUGGGCCAGAGCCGGCUGAUCACGAGUUCAUCCAGAGAGUGUUCAAGAAGUGGGAUGUCAACUCUGAGGGCACACUAACACUUCAAAAUGUGGUGACGGGCCUAGCCAAUAUCAAGGGAAAGCGCGACAUCAUGGGGACCAUCACCUACUUCUUCGAGCUCUAUGACGAUGAUGGCGACGGCAGGGUUGAUCGCGAAGGCAUUCUUCGAAUCUCCGAGGCGCUGUUAUUCCUAUCGCGGCGGGGCCUGGAGGGGACAUUGAGCAACCCGGAUGCUGGGUCUACGCCAAAUGGGGGCACCCCGUCGGCAGAGGACCCUAUGAGCCCGCCUCUUGGAGGGUCUGUCAAUGAACGAUUCCUCGGAAGCGUGAGUGCUUUCAUUCGACGAUGUUUCGAGUACGCCGAUCCAGACCAUCCAGGCAACCAGGACCUAGUCAAGGACAAACCUCAAGGGAAGGCCGAGUCGACAAAUGUCGACGACGACGAGAUGGCGGAUCCAGAUGCCUUUGCAAUUGGUGACGAUGACGAUGACGAGGAAGAUGAGGAAAGCGACGACGAUGAGGAGGAUGAGGAAGAUGAGGAAGAUGAGGAGGAUAAAGACGAUGACGACGACUUGAUCGCACUUGAAGGCAAAUCAAAUAAUGUGAAGCCAGAGAAGAAGGCGGCUGCUCUGCCAUCACAACCGGCUGCGAUUGGAAAGCCCAGCUCCGAUGGCAGGCGGGCUUCAAGACAACAGUCGGAAGCUGCCAAUAUUGCCCUGGACCCGUCAAAUCCCCUCCACAUGACACUACCUACGUUCCGCAUGGUUGUACUUGCGGAUGAGCUUCUCGAGCAGUUUUUCGAAUCCUCCUUCCCCACGUCUCUUCACAUCAUCGAAGGACUUCCGCAGGCUCAGCAAGCAUCCUCCUCUUUGACGACUUUUGCGAGCUUCGGACGGAACACUGCGCUGCCGCUGCCCUCAGCCGUGCAACCUGGAGUCGCCGGGGCCGGCCGCAGUCUGCGCGGCGUGCUCGACAAUCUUGUCACGGAUGCUUCUCGCGUGGCCGUGGAAGUCCGACGACGGAUGGACGAGGCGCAGCGUGAACUGGAGAGGAAUGCCCUUCCCGGCCAAAGAGAUGAAGAUGAGGAUGAUGAUGAUGACCUGCACCCACGGGCGGCUGGGGCAUACGGGGCAGACGCCGAACGCCGCAGCGUGCGAUCAUCGGACAGAGACCUGCUAGAUGGGGCAGAUGCUGAAGCAGGGGCUUCAAAGGGUCAGGAGAACGGCUCGAGCAGGUCGCUGCUCGACACGGACAAUGAAACUCUGGGCAAGUCGUCAGCACCCGUCACUAGGACGGUGGAAUUCGAGGGCUGA